GUGGUAGCUCCAGCCACGGUCCAGGGCCGUGCUUCUCCACUCUGCACGUCUCGCACACUCGUCUCCAACGGCAACAGCAUCACCAACACUCCAGUCAAUUGUUGUUGUAUGGAUCUACCACUGAUGGAGUAUGCGCGCCGUAGUUCUACGUUUGGAAGCUGCGUUUAACCUCCUACCGGAGUUCAAGACCGAACCAGUGUCAAAGGGACAUACCUCUCUAUCCUUCUAAAUUCAGGGGCAUCGCCCCUAAAAUCUAUGGGUUGGUGUGAAUAGGGAAAGGUUGGAUGUGUGGGUAAGGGUGCCGGAUAAUCCAUCCUCCGCCACCUGUCUUCCUUCACCAUGAUACCAGUUACAGUGUGACAUACACCCAUCUCUCCCUCCUCUCUCCAUCACAAGGCCUCCAUAAUGGCUCUUGGACUCUCCUUCCGGUGAUGGUGGUGGGCGGCCGGCCCUCCCCGGCACCCACCCCAGUGCUGGCACCCCCGCCCAUCCGUGCCCACUGCAUGGGGGGCACCUGGCACCACUACCACCACCACCACCAGCAGCACGCCAGCUCUACCCCCGCCACGCCCAUGGCCGCCCACACGCCCACACUGCCGCACGGACCCUCGCCCUUGGUGCGGUCAGGUUCAGUGCCAGGGGAGGUGACAGAGGCACAAGAUCACUUACCUCCCCUGCGUCUUCCUCGCGCCCCUGACGCAGAGUCGGUAGCGGUGGGCCUGGGUGUGGGCGUGGGCGGGGGUGGGCGUGGCAUGUCUCGCUCUGUGUCGGACUCCACGCUGCGGCAGGCGGCGUCGCGUGCGGCGCUACACCUGCCGCUACCAGUCACCUCCCUCAUGCACUUCAAGAAAGAGCUGAGUUUGGUGCGUCGUGGUACUCGAGUACCAGGUCAGAGGAAGAGCUUCAUAGCCACUACCUCUCCAACACUGCCACGAUGCCACUCUCCUCUCAGUCAGAGUAGUCCUAUGGAAUCCCCGCGGAACAUGUCCCCACUCCAACACUUCGCUUUCGCCCCAGUGAAGAGUCGUGACGGGCGCCGCUGGUCUGUGGCAUCCUUGCCCUCCUCUGGUUAUGGCACCACACCUGGCUCCUCUAACGUCUCUUCACAAUGCUCCAGCCAAGAAAGACUCCACCAGAUAGGGGGACAAGUGGGUGUAAGUGGUGGUAAUGGAUCAGUAGGUGUUGGCACUCCAUCCAACGUAGGUUCUCCAGCUGUAGAUGAAGUUCGGCAUGCUCACAUGCGCCAUUUUUCCUCUGGGGAGAGUAACCCCUCCAUUGACGAAGAUGGCCGCCGUUCUCCAAUGAAUCGACCACGAUCACGGUCUUUGAGCCUGGCCUGGCUGUGCAUCUCCACACUUGAUAGUCCAAUUCGAUCUCCAGUGGUAGACAACGAGAUUGUCAUGAUGAACACACUGUACAAGGAACGCUUUCCCAAGGCCACACAGCAAAUGGAGGAGAGGUUGAACACAUUCAUUGAAGCCAACAGAACUAUUGAAGUGCAAGGAAGCUCAGAUAUUGCCCAAGAUGGUGUGGCAAUUGCUCGUUUUGUCCAUCAUCAAGUCAUAGAACUGGCUAAAGACUGUCUCCAAAAAUCACAAGAAAAAUUAAUAACAAGCAGAUACUUCUAUGAGCUCUCGGAGAACUUAGAGAAACUAUUGUGUGAGACCCGCGACAAAUCCCCCGAUGCUGCCGCACAUCUCACAUCUCUAAUCAAGAAGCUACUGCUCAUUGUAUCUCGGCCAGCCAGACUCUUGGAAUGCUUGGAGUUUGAUCCAGAAGAAUUUUACCAUUUACUCGAACAAGCCGAGGGCCAGGCUAGAACCAGCCAAGGCAUUAAGACUGACAUUCCUCAGUAUAUCAUCACUAAAUUGGGCCUUAAUAGAGAUCCCUUAGCUGAACUGAGUGAUGACCUGGCAGGGGAUGGAGAUGCAGAAGACAGCACGGGAAGUGGCACAAGCGCAGCUAGUGGUGUAACCACACGAAAAACUUCAAAUUCAGAAUACUCCCCGGGACAGUCUUCCACCUACUCCUCAAGUCCUCCUUCAAAAAGCUCUCCAAAAGAGGAAGAUUAUGAAAACCUUAAACUUAUUUCUAAUGGAGCUUAUGGGGCUGUUUAUCUUGUUCGACACAAAAUUAGUAAAGAGAGGUUUGCCAUGAAGAAGAUCAGUAAACACAACCUUAUGCUCAGAAAUCAGGUGGAGCAAGUUUUCAACGAACGCGAUAUAAUGAGUUUCACCGAUAACCCCUUUGUGGUGUCCAUGAUAUGCAGUUUUGAAACGAAAAGACAUUUGUGUCUAGUAAUGGAGUAUGUCGAGGGUGGAGACUGUGCCACUCUGCUUAAGAAUAUGGGACCUCUUCCACCAGACAUGGCCAGAUUUUACUUUGCUGAAACUGUAUUAGCUGUUGAAUACUUGCACAGUUAUGGUAUUGUACACCGGGACCUGAAGCCAGAUAAUCUAUUGAUCACUGCUCUUGGACACAUCAAGCUCACUGACUUUGGUUUGAGCAAGAUGGGCUUGAUGUCAUUGGCAACUAACCUAUACGAAGGCUACAUUGAUAAAGAAACUCGGCAGUUUUCUGAUAAGCAAGUGUUUGGUACCCCUGAAUAUAUUGCUCCAGAAGUUAUAUUAAGGCAAGGGUACAGCAAACCUGUGGAUUGGUGGGCAAUGGGAGUUAUUCUCUAUGAAUUUCUUAUUGGGUGUGUCCCCUUCUUUGGGGAAACACCUGAGGAACUCUUCGCACACACAGUUAAUGAUGACAUUGAAUGGCCAAGUGAAGAGGAUUGGCCAGUGCCAAGUGACGCCAAGGAUCUAAUCACUGCGCUGCUUCACCACUCUCCACUGGACCGGCUGGGCACAGUAGGUGGUGCCAUGGAGGUUAAGGAACACCCGUUCUUUAUCUACAUCGAUUGGGAUUCCCUUCUGAGAAUGAAGGCAGAAUUUGUGCCGCAGCUGGAUAAUGAAGAGGACACAAGCUACUUUGAUACACGACUGGAUCGGUACAACCAUGAGCUGGAGGAAGACAGUGAAGAGGGAGGUGAAGGAGGAGCAUUUCCUUCUUUCUCCUCUUGCUCUCCAAGAUACCAUAAGUUUACCUCAUCACAGUCUGCAGAUGCUUCCCAGUUGGACUCCAGCUUCCAGUUACAGAGGGAGACGUCGGGCGAGGGAGGGCAGGAGGUGGAUAGUGGGCGGGGUCUUGUGUCCCGCGGUGACUCAGGUCAUAGUGACCAGUCAGAGUCGUCUCGAUCCACCCUCGAGUCAUCCACUAACACUCCCGAUAAUGAAAACCAAGACCUUCCUGUUACACUAGAUGUGAGUGGCAGUAAAUUAGAUGGAGGCCCUGUGUGCCAGAGUACCCCAGAAUCAUCGCAGACUGAGAGUGAGGAUGUCUCCCCCCAAGUUCAGAGGAGAAGACGUCUCCAUUCUCACUCGAGAGAUUCUCUGCCGCGAUUCUCUAUUUCUGGGGAAGAGGACUGGUUAAGCAUGGAGAGUGGAAGCUUAAGAGAGUUGUCACCAGUGGAUGAGAAGCCUGGAGCUUCAGAGAGGUUACACAUGCCUCGAGUCAACGUCCCACCGGCAUCGCCAGCCUUUAAACACAGAACUCGUCAGGUGAUCAAGAGUGCUUCAGCAUCAGGCUUGUCUUUAAUGAUUCCUACAGAAGAUAGCAUGCCUCAGCCCAUACAGUCUCCAGGAGGCUCUAGUACUGCCUCGUCUCGUGAUGCUUCUCCUUCCAGGGAAAUUUCCCCUCUUGUCAACUCCCUCAAACCUCCUACAAUUAUCCGCCGAGGUCCGCAAGGCUUUGGCUUCACUAUCCGAGCCAUUAGGGUUUACUUUGGGGACUCAGACUAUUAUACUGUGCAUCACUUAGUUAUGGAUGUUGACCAGCGUAGUCCAGCGUUUGAAGCAGGUCUGCGCCCUGGAGACUUGAUUACGCACAUUAAUGGGGAACCCAUCCAGGGCAUGUUCCACACCCAAGUUGUCACACUGCUUAUGGGUUCCACUGAUCAUGUAUCCCUAAGAUCAAUGCCACUGGAUCAAACUUCUAUAAGAGCAGGUGGCCGUAAAAGGAACCCUGGAGCUUCAAAACUGGCGAAACGUUUGCCUGCCAAGCACAGGAGGACAAAGAAGGACUCUAACAAGGGACGUAAAACGUCUCUCUUCCGGAAAGUCUCCAAUAAGCGUGUUUCUGCUGAAAUUCAACAGCUGACUACCCCUCAGUCGGCUCCUGUUUUCUCUCCUGAUUUUGUGCCUCAGUUCUCGCCUACUUUGCUUGCUGCCUCUGCAUCGCCACCAAUGUUAACGCCAAGUCGAAGCUUCCAGUCUCUGAAUCGCUCUGUUUCCUCUCAGGACAGCAUCCCCAGCUCCCCAACACGCUGCAAGUCUCCUCAUUCACCUCCUACUGCAAGACUCUUCUCCCCAUCUGUGGAACAAGUUCAGAGUCCCCUCAAUUCCUCUGGAUCAUCAUCACCAACAUCCUCUGUACCUAACUCUCCAGCAGGCUCAUCAACACUUCAUCAGCGCCCUUCAUCCUUGCAUGUUGUUAACCAUAAAGUAACGAAUGUGAAAAGUUUCCGUUCGCCUAAUAGACGGAAAUCGGUUGGGCAUAUUCCCCUUUCUCCUCUGGCUCGCACUCCUUCCCCUUCUCCUUUACCAGCAUCUCCUACUAGAUCCCCCUCACCUUUGGUUCACAAUCAUAAUCACCACCAUCACCAUCAUUAUCAUCAUCAUUGUCCUGGUUCCUCCAAUACUACUCAGACUUACUCUCCUGGAUCAUCUCUAACUCCUGGACCAGCCACAAAAAAAUGCUUAGGAAGACCCAAAAGUGCUGAACCUGGCUCUCCGUUGCUCCGUCGAGCACUUUCACCCGAUCGUCUUCAUCCAAGAUCAGCUGAAGCAAAAGGCACAACAACCAUCAGCCCUCUGGCUACGCCAUCUCCAAAAUUAGGAAAUAAUCCACCAAGACUAACCGUAACAUCACAGUCGCCUCCUAAUUACGAGACGCCAACUGUUGUUCGAUCAGUUGCUCCAACAUUGCUCACCCAGCGCUUCUGCAGUGCAGUCAGUAUUCCACCAACCCUUCCAACAAGCACUUUGGAAGAAGCCCCAGAGGAGCUAGAUUCACCUGAGAGACAGGAAGCAGCACGAACAAAUUUUUGUGAAGGCCCCCAGGGAGGCAGAGGAUCACUGCCAGGGACCAACAGUGUUUGCUGUGGGGGCGUAGGAGUUUCAGGAUCGUGUUGUGAAGAACGUUCUCAACCAAGCAUACCUACAAGAAGCAGUCAAGGUUACCAAAUGGUUGAGAGAAGAGGCAGUAAGGAUCUUGUAGAGGGACGAGAAAAGCAUCGCAGUGACAGUCGUGGUCGCAAAGACAAUAGGGAUUUGAGGAGAGAAGACAGUAAGCGAGAAUCUCGUCGUACUGCACAAGAGAAGCGGGAGCUGUUCAAGGCAGGCAAGGAAAAAGAGGGUACCUCCUAGGGUUGGCCCACCGCUGGCCUGCCUGUAGCUCCAAGUGGCACAGAUUUGUGCCUUCAACACUUGUGUGUAUUUUGGGCAGGACCGCGGCAUGCCUUCUCCGAAAAAAAGUAAGGAGACACCUGCAGCCUGUGAUGAUAUCUUCCCUUUCUUUCUGGAUGAAUCUUAAAAUAUUAAGUAUAGUAGCUAAGCUACUGAAAUCAUUCCUGGUGAUUGUUGGUAUGUGUAAAGUUGUGGAGUUGUUGUGAUGCCACAAGGCAUGGUUGUGUUGCUACUAUUGUGAUAAUACAGAGACCAUGACAGUCUCAAGCUUUAGUGUCUAAUAAAGUCAUCCAUACUUAGGCACUUGCAUUCUUUGGUCCCUGUCAUUUUGUAAAUACUUUAAUGUAAUAUGUUUCUUUAUCUCAAAGAUUUUUACGUUUUUACUUACAAAUUUAGAGUUGAAUGUGUUAUAUUUGCAGAUUAUGAAUAUUAAUGUAUGUACUCAUAUUCAUUUGUCAUGUUCAUGGAAUUUUUCCAGUACUGUGUAUAUUUUGUCCCUCAUUGUCAUGUUGCUGUACACCCUCAAAGUUGCCAUGUUGGAGUUGUUUUCUGGAAGUUAGGUUUUUAAACAAUUCACUUUCCAGUCUGCUACCCUCAGGUUAUAAAAGUACAGUAAUUUAAAAUAAUGAUUAAUAUAAUAUUCAUGGAAAAGCGCUAAAUCCAUAGGGGUUUAUACAGCGCCUGGGGAAUGGGAGGCAGUUAGGCUUGAACCAAGGAAGGGGAGAGUAGCUCCAAUGCCUUGGAUCAGAAGUCCAAUUCAAAAUAUAAAGUUGAUGGCUGUGGUUUGGUGAAGCUCUUGGUGACAUUGUGUUCUGCUUGUGAUUUCCUGUUGUUGAAAGAUGUAUUUGUGUACUUAAUAUGGAAGAUGUUUUUGCCACUACAUCCCUGGGCUGGGUGCCUGCCUGCCUGCCUCACUAUGUGCAUAAGCAUUGCAUUUCCAUGGUAGCAAACUAUUGGCCCCUUAGUUCAUAUUGUAAGGCACCAUUGGCACUUUGUGUAUAGCAUUAGUUGCUUGAGAUUCUUUAGCAUUAAUUCAAAGUUAAGGGAAUUUGAAGAUUAGAACAAAAGUUUUUAUGGGUGAAAAUUUAGUGAAGAACCACCUUACUAUGUGGGUUUUGAAAAACUUGUUUUAUUGUAAAAGUCACCAGACUUACCUGUAGGUCAUGUACAAGAUGACUUAAUGUUUUUAUGGACACUAACUAAUGCUUCCUUAAUGCAUUUGUCAUUAGACCUUGUUGAUGGUCAGGUCAUGUUUGAAGCUUUUAUCUAGCAGUAGAAAGUGACACCAGUCUCCCAUUAGAUAGCUGUGAGGAAAAUUUGUAUAUUGUGUAGAAACCAUUUGUAAAGAAGAAUCCUUAUUUUCCAUGUAUAGUGUUUGUAGUUUAUCAGUUAAUGAUAUUUAAUUAUGAUUUUCAAAAUGUGGUUAGUCAGUGCAGUUUCUCUGCUAAUGUUAUUCAAUAGAGCAGUUAAUUAAGAGACCAGUGGUCACAUCUGUCUCGCUGGUUUAAUGUACAAGAGGUCUUCCCUGUAAAGCCCAGUUAAUGGAUAGACCAAUAUUAUGUAUAAAAAAUGUAAGGUUAUAUAUGGUAAAGCACUGAAAAAUACAUGUAUAUUAUUUU